ACUAAUUUAACGUUAAAUGGACUCUAUUCCCGAGGAAAAUAGACCUUAUAAGUUCGGCAAGCCAGUCAUGCACGAAUCGCCUUUUAGAGAAAUCCAGAAUCAUGAUGAACGGAAGCAUAAGAAUCACAGGAAAGAUCGAAAAGAUCUUGAGCCAUGAGAGCUCUUUAAGGGCACAGUUAGAGUCCCUUCCGAGGAGAGCGAGAGUAGUUGUGAUGGAAAUAACGUCAUGUUCUUAGAUAAGGUAGGAGUAGAUACUAUCAGCAAGGCUUUUGAUCAAACCCGCUCAGUUCAGAGUGACAAAAAGAAGAAAUCUGAUGUAGUUAUCAGUCAGAAAUCUUCCCAAACUGAAGGUGAUGACUGCCUCGAAAGAUUAGUGGAAGACAUCAAUUCUGACACAGUUCUGAUAGCCAAGAGGAAAUAUGAGUACCCUAUUGACAAGAUUUACCAAGUCUCAAUCCUUGAGGAGCAAAAGAGCAGAGGUAGCAACAUUACUCGUGGUGGUGAUGUUAUGGAAGCUAUGGGAGUCGAUCCAGAAAUUUCUGAAGUCUUGACAAACGCAUGCUCUGAAUUUGCUGUUUCCCCCAGAAGAUCCCAAGACAUGCUCAUCCAAGCGAAGAUUAUCAACUAUGGUGCGAAUCAUUUUGCAAAAUUCCUGUACACCCAGCCUAUCAGGCUGAUGCAAAAGUCUAAGUAUCUUUUUGAACUGAAAGAUGAGUUUGCUCUUGAAGUCAGAGAAUGAUUCUAUUCUUUGUUUAAUUUUGAAGAUCUAUCCAUGAAGGAGUUCUUACUCACGAUCCAUACAAAAGUUUCACCUCCAGUAGACUCUGAGAAGAAGUCAGAGUUCUAUGAGAAGUUUUGAGCUGAGUAUGCUGAGCAGAAUAGCAGCAAGGGAGUUUCCUCUGAAGAUCUAAUGUUCAUGCUCUGUAGUACCUUCUUUAUUAUCGCUGAUAAGAAGAACAAGUCCAGAUCAAGAGGUAUCUCUCUUGAGCAAUAUCUUUCUUAUGCUGAAGAGCAUGGCAAGGGGUUUAUGUCUCUUACCCAAGCUAGGGCUUAUUACGAAGAGAUUAAGGAAGAUAGGUUUAUUCAGGAUCUAUCUUCUAUCAUUAUUAGCGUUGAUGGGAUUCAACUUUAUGAAGACAAUAUAAAUUUCAUGAGGAAUGUUCACAAGAUUCUCCCAAAAGAAUUUACUAAGGGAGAUGAGUUCUUUGAAUCUAAGACUCUUGUGUACAAGAUUCAGUUAAAAACUAAGAAGAUCAAACAGAAAGAGAUUUGUAUUGACGAAAAGAAUCAACGGUUCUGCUGGUUCAAUCCUGGUAGCAGGAGCUUUAAUUCCAUCAAACUAAGAGACAUCUACAAUGUAGAGAUUGGAUUCACCCCAGUGAUGAAUAUGUCCAAAGAGGAUAUUUAUGAGAUUUGUAGCAACAAAAUUAAAGACUUUAUUGAGAACCAAAGGCUUUGUUUCUCAAUCGAAACCGAUAAAAGAACUUAUGAUUUCUAUGGCACAAAUGAGAGGGAUAUACAACUAUGGUAUUCCAGACUCAAAUCGAUAGCUGAGAAAAACAUUAAUAACAUCAGUAGAGUGUUCCCCGACAUUGAAAAGACCCUUUACGACCCUUGCUACGACUGGGACAAACAAAAUUUAUGGGAAGAAGAGAUUCUGCCUAACUGGCCUCAAUACUUCGACACUUCCACAGGUUCCCUCCAAAUUAUCAACGAUGCUAAGCUCAAGCUCACAUACGAUGUCUGCCCUGAAGAGGACCUUUUAGAAGAGGUCAAGGAGUCCCCAGUCACUAAGAACGAGAAGCUCAGGAUCAGCCAGAUCCUGAUGUACGGGUUUCCUUGCAAGGUCAGGACUGUAGUCCUGCCUCUCAUGUUGGCUGGCCAGGCAACUUGUUCCAAGGAUUAUUACGAAUUUUUGGAAUCAAAAUAUAACCCUAAAAAGAAGAGAUUUGAAAAGUACAAGCAAGCUUCUAAACUAGUUGUUGAUGAGUUCAAGCAAUCCCUUCGGCAUUACAAAGUGAAGUCUGAAGGUCUUAUCAAAAGAAUCACUAAAAUGAUGGGAAUUUUCUAUGAGAUCCAAAGGAAAGACAUCCAUUUCAGUGGUCAUGGAGUAGUUAAGCUCUGCUUAUACUUCACUCUCCAUCUCCCUUCAGACUCUAGUUGCUACGCAUGUUUCUCGUCUUUUCUUCUAAAGAACAUGGCAACCUUGCAGUUAUGUAGGCUAGAGGAAGAGGACAUUUUCAACACGAUUCAGAAGAACACCCUGAAGAUGAACGUGGUCAAGUCAAAAUCUGUAGCAGAUUCAGACACAGAUUUUAUAGUAAACAAAUUAGAAAAAGAGUUCAAAGCAUGGGGCAAUAAGGUAAAGCAUAGGCUAGCUAAAAGCGGAAUCGAAAUCUAUGGGUAUGUCAAUCAGCUGAGAGUAUCCUUCUUGACAUGUGAGCUACCGAUAGAGCUCAUUUCUGUGAUACUAGAUCAAUGUAUCGUUCAAGGAGAUUAUGCACUUGUGAAAGCGGUUAUUACGUUUUUAUACUUAAAGUGGAGCCUAAAAUUUGUAGCUAACAGUGAAGAUAUCUCUCCAAGUUUGUUCUACAAGACAAUGAGUGACUUGAAGCUGCAGAAAGAGAAGAUGGUUAAGAACUAUUACGACCUCAAAAGAGAGUACAAGGCCAAAAUUGAUUUGAAAAACAUCCUAAUGAGUUGGGUUCAUACUUAA